UUCUUCCGCCUGCCACUAGUAUUGUCAGUGGCGCCUGCAUACGCACAGUUGUCGUUCGCGCUGCAAUUUUUUUUGUAAAGGUAGAGGGUUUGCUAUAUUAAUCCACUGCCAACAUGAAACUCGUCAGGUUUUUGAUGAAACUGAGCCACGAAACGGUUACAAUUGAGCUCAAGAAUGGCACUCAAGUGCACGGCACCAUUACUGGUGUGGAUGUGAGCAUGAACACUCACCUGAAAGCAGUCAAAAUGACCCUGAAGAACAGAGAGCCUACACAGCUCGAGUCCCUCAGUAUCCGCGGCAACAACAUCCGCUACUUCAUCCUGCCAGACAGUCUGCCCCUCGACACCCUAUUGGUCGACAUUGAACCCAAAGUCAAGUCCAAGAAGAGAGAGGCUGUCGCUGGUCGCGGUCGGGGCAGGGGAAGGGGUCGUGGAAGAGGAAGAGGCCGUGGCAGAGGUGGUGGUUCCCGGAGAUAACUGCUCAAGGCCAAUUCUGUGCUUUUGUACCCCCACUGUUUGUACAGGAUUUCUUUUGAAUUUUGUCUGCUGAGGAAAUAUUUUUUUUUUUUUUUUCUAUUCUCAGUUUUCUUUUUGUAUAUUAAAACCAUGUUCUAAACAAGAAGUGUAUUGUUUUAUUUUAUUGAUGACUGAAUAUUUAGCACAAAUUAGAAAAAUCCCUUUAUUUCAGGAAAGGAGUUUUUUUUUUUUUUGUUAUUGUCUUUGACAAAAGUAUUUGCUAUUAAAGCAUUUGAUUCUGUAGAGUAAAUACAUCUUAUAAAGUAAACACUUAAUCUUGUUGGGUUGCAAAGAUGGUACAUGUCAAAAUUAAUGGUAAAUUUUAGUGUUAAUGUAAAUAACCAAGUUUGGCACAACUGCUUACAAAAAUAAAAAAUAAAGCACAUUUAUACACGA